AUGCCUAGGAAAGCGGGGAAUGGGCAGCUCCCCUUACCCGAUGGCUGGGAGGAGGCGAGGGAUUACGACGGCAAAGUCUUCUACAUCGACCACAACACCAAGCAGACCAGCUGGAUCGACCCCGGGACAGGUGGGUUAACAAAGCCCUUGUCAUUUGCGGAUUGCGUUGGAGAUGAACUGCCAUGGGGAUGGGAAGCCGCAUAUGAUCCUCAGAUUGGUGUAUACUAUAUUGAUCACAUCAACCAAACAACACAAAUAGAAGAUCCCAGGAAACAAUGGAGGCAAGAACAAGAGAGAAUGUUAAAAGAUUAUCUUAUGAUAGCCCAGGAUGCUCUCAGUACUCAGAAAGAACUGUACCAGGUGAAAGAACAGAGGUUAGCACUUGCACUGGAUGAGUAUGUACGGUUGAAUGAUGCCUACAAAGAAAAAUCAAGCUCUCGUACAAGCUUGUUCUCAGGCUCCUCAUCAAGCACAAAGUAUGACCCUGACAUUCUGAAGGCUGAAAUCUCCACUACAAGAUUAAGGGUUAAGAAGCUGAAGAGGGAACUCUCUCAGAUGAAGCAAGAGCUGCUGUACAAGGAACAGGGCUUUGAAACACUGCAACAAAUUGACCAAAAAAUGUCUGGAGGCCAGAGCGGGUAUGAACUGUGUGAGGCCAAAGCCAUCCUGAGUGAACUGAAGUCCAUCAGAAAGGCGAUAAGUUCAGGGGAGAGAGAAAAACAGGAUUUAAUGAAGAGUCUUGCAAAGCUGAGAGAGAAAUUCAAUCUUGACCAGACCAUUGGGACAUCUGAACCAAACUUGAGUUCCAGCUCUGUAAACUCCCAGCUGUGUUUUUCUAGACAAACUCUGGAUACAGGGUCUCAGACUGAUACUUCUGGUGAGGUUGGAGCAAGAAGUAGAUCAAACUUAGCAGAGAAGGUCAGACUAAGUCUUCAAUACGAAGAGGCAAAAAGAAGCAUGGCUAACUUGAAGAUUGAACUCUCUAAGCUAGAUAGUGAAGCCUGGCCUGGGGCACUGGAUGUGGAAAAGGAAAAACUGAUGUUAAUCAAUGAAAAAGAAGAGCUUUUAAAGGAACUCCAGUUUAUUACACCACGCAAACGUACUCAAGAUGAGCUAAAGCAGCUAGAAGCAGAAAGGAAGAGGCUUGAAGAAGAGCUGCUGUCUGUAAAAAGCACACCCAGUCAAGCACUUGCUGAAAGAUUGAAAUUGGAGGAGAGAAGAAAAGAGUUGGUACAGAAACUUGAAGAAACUACGAAGUUAACUACUUACUUGCAUUCACAACUUAGGAGCCUCUCGGCUAGUACGUUAUCUGUGUCUUCAGGGAGCAGUUUGGGAUCUCUGGCAUCCAGCCGGGGAUCUCUGAACACAUCAAGCAGAGGGUCGCUAAACUCGCUCAGCUCCACGGAUCUCUACUAUAACCAAGGCGAUCAAAUAACAGAUUUGGACUAUCAGUAUAAACUUGACUUCAUAUUGCAAGAAAAAAGUGGUUACAUUCCUUCGGGGCCUAUCACUACUAUUCAUGAAAAUGAAGUGGUCAGUUCCCAUGGGAGACUGGGUUACAGUGACUCUCCUUCAGCUGCAGACCAUCCCAAAUUGACUGAACCUCCCAAAUCUGUGACAUCACUGUCUUCCAGAUCCUCACUGUCCUCCUUGUCCCCCCCAGGCUCCCCUUUGGUUUUAGAAGCUGCAUUUUCAGUGUCAGCUCAAAAUUCCCCUCUGCAUCACCUCACUACGGACUUUGAAGACUGUGACCUUUCGGGUGAUUUUGCAAGCAUUAGUCUCUGUGAGAACCAAAUACUACUGGACUCUGAAGCCAGAGCAGGAUCUCAGAUUCCUACAGAUGAUAAAGAUCUUAAUGAAGGCAUUAGGCAGCCUCUGCCUUCUCUACAUGAAGGAAGUUCAGGUGUUGACUUACCGAGAAGAACAGCUAGUCACCUGCUUGAGGAGAAAACAGCUUGUGUAUCUGCUGCCGUGUCCGAUGAGUCUGUAGCUGGAGAUAGUGGUGUAUAUGAAGCUUCUGUGAAACAACCAAAUGAAACUGAGGACAUUGUGUAUAGUGAAGAUGAUGCAACGACUCUAGAGGCUGCCCAGGUACAAAUAGGACUCAGAUAUGACCACCGCAAUUCAAGUUUUGUGGUAAUCAUAGUACGGCUCAGAAAUCUUCCAGCAUUUUCUGUCCCCCUUGGCUCUAAAGUGUAUAUUAGAGUAGCAGUACUUCCAUCCUCAACUGAUAUCAGCUGUCUGUUCCGCACAAAAGUUCAUCCUGCCAUGGAAACCAUUUUAUUCAACGAGAUAUUCAGAGUAGCCAUUUCCCAAGUAACACUGCUACAGAAGACGCUGAGAAUAGAUGUUUGUGCUGUCAGUAGAAGUCGUCGGGAAGAAUGCUUGGCUGGGACUCAGAUCAGUCUGGCAGAUUUAUCAUUUUCUGAUGAGACUUGUACUGUGUGGUACAACCUGUUGCCUUGCAAGCAAAUUCUUGGCAAAAAAACCAAGGAACAAAAUGAAGAAUCCAUGUUUCUGUUAAGCAACCAGUCAUUGGACUCAUUGGACUUGGAUGCUGUGUCAGCUCUGCUGGAGAGGACAUCUGCUGAGCUGGAAGCAGUAGAACAAGAGCUGGCUGAAGACGAGGAGGAGGAGGAGGAACAGGAGCAAAGGGGCUCUGAGGAAGACUGGUUAGAAAUGCUCACAGAAGCCUCUGAUGAAAUUGUGGAUGAAGAGGAAGAUGGCAUUAAGCUGGCAGUAGAAGGCAACUGUACUGAUGACAUGAGGUUACUCGUUGAUGCACCAGAAACAAAUGAAGACAAGGACAGAGAGAACAGCGAUGAGGCCCAUGAAAGUCAGCAAGCUGCUGUAAUACUAACACUGGUUGAUAAAGAGACUAACACUGAGGAAUCGGUUAACGAGAAUGCAACAGUCCGACCCAAGGACAGAGCCAGCUGGAGCUCAAGACAGCAUCCCUUUGUCAGGAACAGCAUGAUAGUGCGCUCACAAACCUUCUCUCCAGGCGAGCGGAACCAAUACAUCUGUAGGUUAAAUCGAAGUGACAGCGACAGCUCAACACUAGCCAAAAAGUCUCUCUUUGUGAGAAAUGCCACAGAACGGCGGAGCCUAAGAGUUAAACGGCCUGUUUGCCAACCAAUCAUGCGAAGAGCUAUGCAGGAGUGCCCCAUACGCACUUCCCUUGACUUGGAGCUGGACCUCCAGGCAUCACGCACAAGACAGAAUCGUCUGAAUGAUGAGCUUCAGGCCUUGCGGGAUCUUAAACAAAAGCUUGAAGAAAUGAAAGCUAGAGGAGAGACAGACCUUCCCCUGUGUGUGCUAGAGGAUGAACGAUUCCAGAAACUCUUGAAACAAGCUGAAAAACAGGCUGAGCAGUCAAAAGAAGAACGGAAACAAGGUUUAAGUGCUGAGAAAUUGAUGAGGAAAGCUUCUAAGGAUGUAUGCCGGUUACGGGAGCAGAGCCAGAAAGUGCCACUGCAGGUGCAGUCAUUCAGGGAGAAGAUAGCAUACUUCACAAGAGCAAAGAUCAGUAUACCAGCCCUUCCAGCUGAUGAUGUAUAAUUAUGCAUUUUCAUUGAAGUGUUUUUCCACUUGUUCAUCUCUUUUCAGAUGAACUUUGUAGUUCCAGUGACCUGCUUUUAAAGAUCUUCUAUUUUACAUUCACUAUUGAUAAUGUUUAUUUGUAAAAUAUAGUGAAUUGAAUUGUUGUAUGCUUAAAAAAUGGCAAAAAACCCCAACAACCGGAAAACCAAAGUAGAUUAAUUUUGGUAUACUGAUGCUGAUUUUGUACAGUUUGUAUGUAUUGCAUGUGUGUUUCUAUUUUGUAAAGAUGGAACAAAGGAACAAAGGCAGUACUAAGCAUGUAUCCUGUUGAACUGCACUGUGUUGAGAAAUAUUAUGUUCAACAGAAGAUUGUUUAUCUUUUCACUAUUUUCAUGUGAGCAGACUGUGAAGAUGGCUGUUUUGCCAUGCAAUAUUUUUGUACAAGAGUGUGACUUUUAUAGUUUAAAGUUAACCACAAGUGUAAGCUCCUUUCCAAAACAUCAAGGCUGCCUCACAACAGCUGCUAAUUAGAUUCAU